GUUUUCAACUUUCCUUUUUUCUGUAAGCUCCAAAUGAGAUUUAGUCCCAGGGCUCCAAAAAAAGUAAUAACAAAGAAGGUAUAAUGCAGAAUGGUUUGAGGUAUGUGCUUUAUUUACUAAAUUGGUAGCCACUUAACAGAACACAAACUCUGAGUGGUUCACCUAUACAAAUGCGUCUGUGUUGCGUGGCAAAGGGUCCUUAUUGCGAGGGAACCAAAGUCCUGGUCUUCUGGCCUUGCAGCCUCACUUGGAUGGCUUCUGGCUGCGCAUUAGCAAGGGGCCGGGGGUGGCUUCGCUGAGUCGAUGCACCCGCUCCCAUGGCAGGCCUGUGUGUCCCCUGCAGGGAAGACUGCGGAGCCCACCCGGUGUACCCUGCCCCAGGCUCCUCUCGCCGCCUCGGCUUGAGUUCCUCACCACGCUCCUGGUGGGUGUCUGGGAACAGCUUCCUUUCUUGCAUUUGUCUUGGGUUCGGCCUCUCCUUUGGGUCCUUCAAAAGUGGGGACUGAAGCCCCUCCCAUCCCAAAAGAGGGCAGCUCGUAGUCCGUCCUAUAGAGCCUUGAGCAGUGGGGGGUUGCGCCUCUGCCAUGCAUGAGGAGGCCCCUCGCCUGGGCUCAGGAACUCGGGAAAUGGUGCUUCAGGAUGGUAACUCCCCUCUGGCCCACUUGGGUCCCAUUGGCUGAUGUGGAGCACGGCCUCUGCCAUGUCUUGGUUUCCUCUUCUCCCCAUUUUGUGGCUGGUGGGGGAGGAGGUCUAGUCUGAGCCUGGCACUUUCCUUUUGCUUCCAGGCGCUGCGCAGUUGACGACACCCGCUCUUCGUCCCCUGGAGCUCACCCUCAUGCUUCCUCGGGCUGACUGAGCCCUGCUGGGCAGAGCGAGGGCCUCCCCUGGCUGCCCAGCUUGGCUGUUUCCUCCUGGCUUUCAUGGAUCUGAGGCUCCCCUUGCUGCUUUUGUGGUGGGCUCUGACGGCGUCCCUGGCCCUCCUGGUCAGAGAGGGACUCAGCCAGCACGUCUACACCAACACCUGGGCUGUCCUGGUACCUGCAGGUUUGCAGGAAGCUGAACGGAUGGCCAGGAAGCAUGGCUUCCUCAACCUGGGACCGAUUGUCGGGGACUAUUACCACUUCUACCACCGGGCUGUGGCAAAGCGGUCCCUCUCACCACACCGUUCCUGGCACAGCUCCUUGUCCAGAGAGCCGCAGGUGCUCUGGCUGGAACAGCAAGUUGCCAAGCGCCGGACCAAGCGAGAUGUCUUCCUAGAGCCAACGGAUCCAAAGUUCCCACAGCAGUGGUACCUGUCCAACAGCCACCAGGGAGACCUGAAUGUGCGGGAGGCCUGGCAGCAGGGCUACACUGGCCGAGGGGUCGUUGUCUCAAUCUUGGAUGAUGGCAUUGAGAAGAACCACCCUGAUCUGGAAGCCAAUUAUGACCCCGCUGCCAGCUUUGAUGUGAAUGACCAGGAUCCGGAUCCUCAGCCUCGCUACACGCAAAUGAACGACAACAGGCACGGCACUCGGUGUGCGGGUGAAGUGGCCGCUGUGGCCAACAAUGGUAUCUGUGGUGUGGGUGUAGCCUACAAUGCCAAGAUUGGAGGCGUCCGUAUGCUAGAUGGGGAAGUGACGGAUGCUGUGGAAGCCCGCUCCUUGGGCCUUAACCCCGACCACAUUCACAUCUACAGUGCCAGCUGGGGCCCAGAAGACGAUGGCAAGACGGUGGAUGGCCCUGCCCACCUUGCCGAAGAGGCCUUUCACCGGGGCGUGAGCCAGGGCCGCCACGGGCUUGGCUCCAUCUUCGUCUGGGCCUCGGGGAAUGGUGGCCGUGAACACGACAGUUGCAACUGUGAUGGCUACACCAACAGCAUCUACACACUCUCCAUCAGCAGCACCACGCAGUACGGCAACGUGCCCUGGUACAGUGAGGCCUGUUCCUCCACCCUGGCCACCACCUACAGCAGCGGCAGCCAGAACGAGAAACAGAUUGUGACAACUGACCUGUGGCAGAAGUGCACAGAGUCGCACACCGGCACUUCUGCUUCUGCGCCUCUGGCCGCUGGGAUCAUUGCCCUUGCUCUGGAAGCCAACAAGAACCUGACCUGGCGUGACAUGCAGCAUCUUGUCGUGCGGACGUCCAAACCUGCCCACCUCAACACCAAUGACUGGGCCACCAAUGGGGUGGGACGCAAAGUCAGUCAUUCCUACGGCUACGGACUCCUGGAUGCAGGUGCCAUGGUGGCUCUUGCCAAAAACUGGACCUCAGUGGGGCCUCAGCGGAAGUGCAUCGUCGACAUCCUCACACAGCCAAAGGAUAUUGGCAAGCGCCUGGAGGUGCGCCAGAAGGUGGAUGCCUGUUGGGGAAAGGCCAGCUACGUGGCCCAACUCGAACACGUCCAAGCCAGGCUCACCCUCUCCUACAACCGCCGUGGGGCCCUGGCCAUUCACCUGGUCAGCCCAAUGGGUACCCGCUCCACUCUGCUGGCUGCCAGGCCCCGGGAUUACUCUGCUGAUGGCUUCAAUGACUGGGCCUUCAUGACUACUCAUUCAUGGGAUGAAGACCCAGCUGGCGAGUGGGUACUGGAAAUUGAGAACACGAGUGAAGCAAACAAUUACGGUACCCUCACCAAGUUUGUUCUGGUUCUGUAUGGGACGGGCCCUGACCUCCCCAACCAGUUUGAGAGCAGUGGCUGCAAAACCCUGGUCACCAACCAGGCGUGUGUGGUGUGCGAAGAAGGCUUCUACCUCCACCAAAAGACUUGUCUCAAGACCUGUCCGCCCGCCUUUGCUCCAGCCCCAGGGCCGACCCCUGUGGAGAACAGCCUCGACCCCCACCUGCUGCACCACAGGCUGUGCGUGCCCUGCCAUCCAUCCUGUGCCACCUGCCUAGGACCAUCGGCUGCCCAGUGCUUAUCCUGCCCAGCUCACGCACAUUACAACAGCCAGGAGCACACAUGCUCACAUCAGAUGCAGAGCAGCCGGGCCUCCCCUGCCCUGGGGGAGGGCACGGCUCUUGCCAGCCCCCCUUCCAACCUGCCACUUCUGGUGGCAGGCCUGAGCUGUGCCUUCAUUGUCCUGGUGUUCAUUGCCGUCUUCCUGGUGCUGCAGCUGCGGUCGGGGCUGUGCCUACAUGGGUACAAAGCCUACUCCCUGGAGAGCGGCAACCUCAUUGCCUACAAAGGCCUGCCCUCGGACUUGUGGCAGGAGGGGCUGGAGGAGGAGGAGGGCGAGAGGACUGCCUUCAUCAGAGACCAAAGACUUUGAUGAGUCUGUGGCCCCCGGCGAAGCAGGGAGGGAUUAGGGAGCCUGAGCCUUGGCCCCCUGCUGCUCCUGCUCUCUCCUGGGGCUGAGCCCUGUGAUUUGUGGGCCAGAUGCUGCUGGAGUCACCCUCUUCUGGUUUUAAUUCACCAAAGUUUUUUUAAAACUAAACCAGUCUGUCCUGUUAUGGUGGGAAGGAGGGGGAGGCAUCUUCCUCGUUGGGGCAGGGCUGAGGUGGAGCCUUCCUCUGCCUGGUGGUCCUCAGGCUCCCUCCUGCAGGCGCGGCCUGGCCUGGCCUGGUGUGGCCAGGAGGGCACUGCCCUUGGCCUCCUGGCUGAUCUGCUGUCCCCCCCGCCCCCGGCACCUGACUGGACAGGGCAGCUGGGAAGGAUGGCCCUGAGGCCACCUCCUUGUGCAGCGCAGCCGGGCUGCCCGAGCCCCCCCCCCGCUGAGUGAG